AUGUCUUGGUGGUGUUUUCCCUUUGAGCGGCUGAUCGGGACCCUGCAGAAGACGCAUACAAAUAACCACGUCGGUGGUGACUUGGAAAAGACAAUCCUGCAGUCAUUCCUGAGGGGUGCUAAUCUUCGCCGCCACCUCAAUAGGCCUAAUUGUCCUCAGUUGAUACGGCAGUUCAAGAUUCUUUUUGACAAAGCUUUGCCUCCAAAGAACCAACGAGAAACAAUGUUCACUGCCAAUCCCCCAUCGGUGAGACAAUUAUCGCAUGCCUACUAUACUUAUUGCGGAGUUACAUUUUCCCACCAAUCAACACAUCUCGGGGGAAGCCUUGUUGCAUAUUACCCUACAACGAAGCCACAAGAUCUUGUGGUGGGAUCCAUUCAAGAGAUCAAAACGGAAAGUGGACAAGUCUUAUUCACAAUCAAGCGUCAAGCGCCUCUUCCUGUCACCAAAUUUGAUCCCUUCAAGCGCUAUGCGGACUUUCCUGCUACAACAUAUUCUUCAAAAAUGGUAGAUGGCCCUUUGGAUUCGAUACAUCCGAGUCAAAUUCGGUCGCAUGUUGCUCGGUAUGAGUUCUCGCAUGAACGUGCCGUUAUCAUUGAUCUGUGCAGGGUAGGCUUUCUCAUCUCACUAUUUCCGUGA